UCAGUAUUUAUGAUUUCUCGAGAAGAGUGAUGGAAAUUCUCACGAGGAUCAUCUUUCUCGAGUUACUAGAGAAGUAUUUAUUCUAAGUUUCUGUAAUAUUGAAAACUUGUUGUUGUCAGGAAUAAUAAAUAGUUUAAUAGUAAAAUAAGAAAAUGCCGUCGGGCCAACCUUUACCGCCCAAGGAAAAUUCAUUAUUCAAAAGAAUUUUAAGAUGUUAUGAACAGAAACAGUACAAGAAUGGAUUGAAAUUUGCAAAACAAAUUCUUUCAAACCCUAAGUUUUCAGAACAUGGAGAAACACUGGCUAUGAAAGGACUUACUUUAAAUUUCCUUGGUCGUAAAGAAGAAGCAUAUGAACACGUUCGGCGAGGUCUUCGAAAUGACCUCACUUCACAUGUUUGUUGGCAUGUGUAUGGUUUAUUGCAAAGAUCCGAUAAAAAGUAUGAUGAGGCUAUUAAAUGUUAUAGAAAUGCUCUGAAAUGGGAAAAAGACAAUAUACAAAUUUUGAGAGAUUUAUCAUUAUUACAAAUACAAAUGAGAGAUUUAGAAGGUUAUCGGGACACAAGAUAUCAAUUAUUCAUGUUGAGACCAACUCAAAGAGCAUCUUGGAUUGGUUAUGCAAUGGCCUAUCAUUUAUUGAGUGAUUUUGAUAUGGCUUUGAAAAUUUUGGAAACAUUUAGAAAAACUCAAAUGGUUUCAGCACCAUUUGAUUUUGAAUAUAGCGAGCUUCUCUUAUAUCAAAAUAUGGUCGUUCAAGAGUCUGGUGGCAUAUUGGAUGCAAUUAAACAUUUAGACAUGUAUAAAGAAAAUAUUUUUGACAAAUUAACCGUCUUGGAAAUCUAUGGAUCCUUAUAUUUACAAAUAAAAGAAUACCAACUAGCUACAUUAUGUUAUGAAAAGUUACUCAGACGAAAUCAAGAAAAUACAAUGUAUUAUUUGAAAAUAAAAGAAGCGAAACAAUUGAAGAAUGAUGAAUGUGUUUAUUCCAUGCUUUGUGCUUAUAGGAAGAAAUUCCCUAAAGCAUUAGCUCCUAAACGGUUAUGUUUAACUUUUGCUUCAGGUGAAUCAUUCCGAAGUGAAGUAGAUUUAUACUUAAGAGCUGGUUUCCACAAAGGUGUUCCUCCUCUAUUUGUAGACUUACGAUCUUUGUAUAAAGAUAAACACAAAGUACAAAUAAUUGAAGAAUUAUUAGAAUCAUAUGUAAAUAAUUUAACUAAAUUCAGCUCAUUUGAUAGUGAUGACACAUCUAGUAAAGAACCGGCUUCUGCAUUAUUAUGGGUGUACCAUUAUCUAGCUCAACAUUAUGACUACCUUAAUGAUAUGCAAAAGGCAUUAACAUACAUUGAUAUGGCUAUAGCACAUACUCCGACUUUAAUUGAACUUUUUGUCACUAAAGGAAGGAUAUUUAAGCACGCCGGUGAUGUUUACGAAGCAUACAAAUGGCUAGAUGAAGCACAAGGAUUAGAUACUGCCGAUAGAUAUAUUAAUUCAAAGUGUGCCAAAUAUAUGCUUCGAGCAAAUCUCAUUAAAGAAGCAGAAGACACAUGUUCUAAAUUUACAAGGGAAGGAGUUUCACCUAUGGAAAAUCUAAAUGAAAUGCAAUGUAUGUGGUUCCAAACGGAAUGUGCCUUAUCUUAUCAACAACUUGGAAAAUGGGGUGAAAGUUUAAAGAAAUGUCAUGAAGUUGAUAGGCAUUUCACCGAAAUUAUUGACGAUCAGUUCGAUUUCCACACUUAUUGUAUGCGUAAAAUGACAUUAAGGUCUUAUGUGAGUUUAUUGAGACUUGAAGAUGUUUUGAGAUCACAUCCAUUUUAUUUCCGAGUGGCACGAUGCGCAAUCCAAGUGUACCUGCAUUUACAUGACAAACCUCCGACUGAUUCUUCGUCUAAUAAUGAGUUGGAUACAGGAAAUCUGGCUCCCGGACAGUUAAAAAAAAUGCUGAACAAACAACGAAAAGCGCAGAGAAAAGCCCAAGAGGAGAAAGCACAAGCUCUGGCCGCCCAAGAGAAACGGGACGCACAUAAAAACCGUCAACAAGUGUCGAAUGCAGGCGACGAGGCCGACACGAUGCCGUUGGACGAACUGCUUCCCGAAAAAUUAGAAAGAGUCGAAGAUCCUCUGGAGCAAGCCAUCAAGUUUUUGAAACCUCUGCAAGAACUGGCUUCCAACAACAUGGAAACCCAUUUAAUGGCGUUCGAAAUAUACUACAGAAAAGACAAACUCUUGUUGAUGCUGCAGAGCAUUAUACGAAGUCAUCGCAUCAAUCCGGACCAUCCGAUGUUCCACAGUUGUCUGAUUAGAUUUAUGGAAAAACUGUCCAAAUUGGACAACAUUCAAGACGAAAUACAAAUGGUGUUCGACAAACAGUUGGAGCCAAUACUAGGCGGUAGAUCGGCCGCAGAAAUUAACACGCAGUUCCUCGCCAAACACCACAAGUCAUUGCCAGCAUUAGUUCAAGGUCUAAAAAUGAAAUAUAAACUGGACAACAGUUCUCAGCAAGAAGUUCUUGCGCAAAUUACGAAGUUAGAUGAUUCUCUGGAAGAUGUCGAUAUUCAAACGUGCGGAGAUAUAUUAAAUUCACUAAGUAACGGCGAAUUUGGUGAAGUGGGAAGCAUAACUGAAGAGUAUCGUAAAGCAUGCUACAAACGAUUCCCUUUGGCCACUGCUUUUCAUACUGAUCAAGAUCGUUCCCCCAUGGCAUUUUGGUCCAAUUCGUACAAAACCCUGAACGAGACGCAGGAAAAUUGUGUUAGCAAUUAAACGAGGUCAUGGAUGUUAGAUCAAAAAUGUAUUUUUAAUUUUGUUGAAAAAUCUUUUCUUAUUAUUUAUAAUAAUAGGUCUUUAUUUGUUGUUAAUAUAGGCUUAUUAUUUUUCUAUAGGAAAAACAACAUUUGUUUUCGCCUUGAUUAUCCUGUAAAUAAUUUUUAAAUAAUUAUUUUCUCGUAUCUAACACUUCAAAUAUCGACAUGCAGUUGUUUGACUGAAUAUAUAUAUACAUAUAUUUAAUUACUUUUAUUAUUACUUUGAAAAAAUGCAUGAAAAAAAACUAUUUAUUUAAAUAUUUCAAACCCAAAAAUGUUUUCUGUGAUAAAAUACGAAACUUGAGCUAAUUAUUAGUACUAUUGCACAACCAAAAAUACAGGUUUAUCAAGUGUAUCCUACAUAAUAUAAUA